AUGACACCAGAUAAUACCUCAAAGGAUGCUCCAGGGGCGUCCACAAGUCAAAACGACGCGGCACCAGAUAGCAUGACGGGGCCAAUCCUUGCAUUGUUCAAAGAGGUCAAGGACAUUGCGGAAAUCCUCAACUCGAUAAAAUCCGAAGUUGCAAGGCAGAACGAACAACUGAGCCGGCUAGAUCAGAGUUCCACCCCCAAAAGGGCUAUUCUAGAGUUUCGGCCGCGCGAAUCCGAUUGGGAUGCCCGUGAGCUUCACGCAUGGUAUCAAUCAUUAGUCCCGGACGAACCAAGACUGCAAACCAUGGGCGAGCUUAUUAGAAGAGGCUUGUAUGCUACCUCUGACCACACAGAUAAUGUCCAGAUAUCCAUCCCACCGGUUUCUGUCGCUCAGAGAGUCCUCGAAAGCACAAAUCCUGUGCUCUUUGAUCUCAGGGACGGCAUCGAGACGUUAAUGUAUGCGUGGCCGAGGAACCUAACGGCCAAGGUUGAAGACUCGGGUGAUUGCCCUAUCUCUGACAAGAACUCCAUGUCCGUAUACUUCAACUGGCUCUGUCCGUAUUCUUCUUGGGUAUCUCUCGAAAUUGCCAUCUUGGAAAUGCAAUAUGACUCACAAGGGGACCCUGAAGUCAGAGGUAAGAGACACAAGCGUGAACAUUUGCUACCGGAGUUGAUCCUCAAGAAGCAGGGAAAUGCCGCAAUUGAAGACCCGUGGUUGGAAAGUUUAUACUGUCGCAUCCUACAUAUUGAAGUGUGGAGAAUUGAUGCGCUGCCUGUUCAGGCAAUUGCGUUUAUUUUGUGGCAGCUCCAUCAUCCGGACAUAUUCAACUACCCGGCAAUCUCUGAAUACAGGAUGCUAUGGACAAUACGAAGGUCGGGAUUGCUCUUAGUUCUUGGUUAUGCGAGCACUUGGGGACAGCUAGACAAUAUAUCCUGCUGCCAAGCCUUUUCGCCAAGGGAGCUGUUACUCGUGUUUCAAGUUCGCUGGAUGGAUAUGGAUGAUGCUGAUGAGGAGAUCAACAGAAGAUAUCGUGGGAAUCCCCAUGAGACUGGCUUGCGCCUGGAGCGAGGUCACGCGGUGAUCCCAUACACGACGAGUGCUGGUAAAUACCGGGAAUUCCAACUGUUUGAGAUGCGACAUGCUCUUGCAGCACGCACCACAACCCAUACCAGGCUUCCACAGUAUACGAUCGUCACCUUGUUAGAUAAUAAGGCUGGGUAUGCGCACGACUCUAAUUAUCCCGCAAAUGGCCUAAGGAAAAGGCUGCAGUCAUCCCGCUGCGGCUCUUUGACUGGAGUCGCCGUGUUCCUGGCCGAGGUGUCUUUGGGUCUAGAGAUCAUUGCCAAAAAAUGGUCGUGCUCACUAGAUAAUCUCGACAGCCGCUUUGGCAUUUCUCUCGAACGGCUUACUCCACAUAGAAGACGUGAGCUUAUGUUCGACAGUGGCGAUUGUUCCAAGUCCGAGGAAUAUUUCACCAUUCUUCAGGCCCUUCGCCUAUGUCGGAAUUGGGUUAGUGAGACUUUACGGGACGUGAAGAGCAUAGCAGAAAAGGUCCACGAGGUGAUAGACGCCACGCGGGAAGGCAUGCCUGAGGAUAAUCUAGUGGAGAGAUCCCAAGAGCUGCAACAACUGGACACAAUCCUGGCUCGUCUUGUUGCCGACAGCGAGGCCCUCUUCCAGCCCUUGCUGGAUCGAAUCGAGAGAAAUAAUGAAGAGAUAAAAAGUCUUCGGGAUGGUCUAUUCAAUGCCACCUCAGUUAGAGAAGCAUCCAGGGGAACUAGCCUGGCCGAGAACAGUGCCCUGCAGAACCGCUACAUUCUAGUGUUCACUGUAGCCACCAUCUUUUAUCUCCCAAUGAGCUUCGUCACCUCGUUCUACGGCAUGCAUCUAUUUGACCCUGGUGAUGAGUCGUCUGCAUCUCAAAUCCCCUUCAUAAUCACAUUCAUUGUGAUAUCCAUGGGAACAUAUGUCGUCGCUGCAGGUGCCCUUUGGCUGGUUCGGUACCGAGAGGUGAUCAAGAAACUGCUUGCUCCCUGGAGGGAGCUGAUUCCCACUCUCUAG